UGUGCCCGCUCCCCCCCCCCCCCGCUCCUCGUCUGCCCGGUACCGCCGUCGCCACCGCCCGUCAUGGAGCCCAGCGGGACCCAGAGCUGCCCCGGGGCCUGUCUCGCCUUCAGUCGUACCCACAAGGGGCUGGUGCUGCUCGGAGAGAUCGCGCUGUGCGUGCUGGUGCUGGUGUGUUACGGGGCCUCGCGUACGCCGAGCUAUACAGGCCUGGCAGCCUGCGAGCUGGUGUUCGCCGUGCUGGUGCUGCUGGCCUGGGUCUGCCGCCUGCCCCCCCGCCUGCCGCUGCUGCACUGGGGGUGGACUGACUUCACCCGCUGCAUCAUCGGGUGCCUGCUCUUCCUCAUCACCUCCCUCAUCGUCAUCAUCGGGCACCGGGACGGCGCUGGCAUCGCGGCCGGGGUAUUCGGGAUCCUGGCGGGGAUCCUGCUGGGUUACGACGCCUACAUCACCCUGCCCACCCGGCAGGGCCACAGUGCUGCCCCUACUGAGUCCCCGGAUGGUGCCUGACCCCCCCCCCCAAUCCGCACAGAAACACCCCAAAACUCCCCCCUCGGGGCGAGGGGGGACGACACACACCCGGCCUUAAAUUAUUGAGGGAAUGGGGGGGGGGGGCCCGGACGCCCGGGUCCCCCCGAGAGGGAGCGUUAAUUGCUUAAAGCAAAGAGGGAGGGGGGGGUAUAGGGGUAGAUGGGGGGGGGUCCCUCGAGGGGGUGCCCCCCCCCCAAAAAAAAACCGCCUUCGCAAGUGCCUUGAACCGCCCGUGCCUCGGUUUCCCCCUGAGGAGACACCACACACCCCCACACCCCCCCCUCCCACAGCCCAAGGGAGGCUUUCGGUGCGAUAUAUUGGGAAAUAAACGAUGGGUUUGGUUUUUUUUUUCACUGCAUUACCGGCUCCGGCGGGUCUUGUCGAGCUUAUAGCAUUGCGGGAAGGCGC